AUGAAUGACAUCUUGAUCGAGCUGGCAAACGUGGAUUUAUCUACAAGUGGAGCUGCCAAUAAAAGCGUAAUUGAUAUGAUCAAUCAACUAAGUGAAAAUGGAAACUGGGAACAUUGUGCAAAUUUCAUCAUUUCUAAUUUUGAAAGAGCCUCCACUCAAAACGAAAUAACCAACUUUACCAGCAAUGCGGCAUUUUAUGCAUGUUGCGCUAGUAUUGAAAAGAUUCUAAAGCAGACGCCGACAACAUGCGCUGUCACAUCUGAGGAAGUUGAAAAGAUGUCAGAUUUUCUAAGGAAAUGGGUGAAGAUCUAUAUUGCUAGCAUUGGAGGUCGGAUCAAUUGCACCAUUCUCAAAAAGAAAAUUGCUCAGUGUGUAGGUCUAGCAGUCAUGCGGUAUUAUCCUCAAAACUGGCCAACUAUAUUUGACGAAAUCCUUAGCUUAUUUACGGACUGUGGAGUUUAUCAAAUGCAUCCUCCUAUUUCAGAUACAAAUAUGGUGCUACUUAACCUUCUCGACAUCUUUCUGGAACUUUUAAAUGAACUUGACACGAAUGCUUUUGAUAGAUCACUUAAUCUUGAUGAAGAACAAUUCAAAAGGACAUCUGACGUAAAAGACGCUAUGAGAGCGUCGUGUUUACCUGCUAUCAUUGAAGUGCUUACUAGAGUUUUGGAAAACUUGAAUAUUAACGAACCCCGGGAAACGGAGCUGAUUUCCACUUGUCUUGGUAUUAUUGGACGCUACACCUUGUGGAUUGAUAUAAAUCUAAUCUACAAUGAAAAGUUUUUGAUGAUUCUUCGAGCUUAUGUUCAGUUAACUAGUCCUUCCGUUUUAAAGAGUGUAUGUUUUACCCUGCAAAGACUCUUUGCUAAAGGAAUGCCUGACUUUCCGGACAAACUUUCACUUAUAAUGUCUCUGUGGCCUGAUCUGAUUCAAAAGAUUAUCGCCGUUCCAGUCAUUUCGAAGGCACUACGACGCACCUCUUCAACUCAGAGGCUUAAUCACGUUAACGGAUGCGAAGAUUCGGAAGAGACGAUUGCAUUAAUUUUAGAAUUUGCUAAACUUAUUCAAAUGAUUGGAACCAAUCUUAUUAAGUCUUACGAGGCUCUAGCAGCAAUAAAUCCUUCAAUAAACUCAAGCACUGAUGCUUCUACUUGGCAAGUUGCCUAUCAGAGUUGCGUGGAAAAAAUAGAGAUAUCUUUUGAUAUUGCAAUUAAUCUAGUCGCGUAUAAUGACGGCGAUGUUGCUGUGGCUACAGCUACUUUUGUCGAAGAAUAUUUGGACCUCCUAAGGGAGAAGAAGCCAUCAAAAGUUCAACGUCCCAAUAGAGUGGAUAAACGAUUGAAUUUAACAGAAGAACGUAUUUUUAAGCUUUCUCAGUUGUUGACUGUGCUUUUUGACAAUGUUAAGUAUCCUACAGAUGAUCCGGAUGACGAUCUUGAGCAAUUUGAGAGCAAUCGAAAAGUUUUCAUUUCUUUUAUUCGGGGCAUUUCUCGAGCGGACAGUUCAUUAGUGUUGGAUGGUAUUUACUCCCUUUUGCAACACACCCUCUCCCAACUUCCACAGUCCAACUAUCGUAUUGAAGACAUUGAUGAAUUGGUCUUGGGUCGAUUGGAGUCCUCCCUCUAUCUCUUCUUCAUUGUCGGCGAAUUGUACAAAGCUCCUAAGGAGGGUUAUUUUUCUGAUUCCUUCGAGUAUGGUCCCAAGAUGAGGGAAAUUAUGUCAAUGAUUUGCGCUAGCAACAUCUCUUCUAUCCCUUUCUUCCCAAUUCAGCUCAACUUCUUUGAAGUUAUUGGACGAUAUGACAGAUUCUUUUCUACCUCACCGAAGUACCUACUGAAUAUUCUUGAAGCCUUCUUGGAUUCUAGGGGACUUCGUAAUUCAAAUAUCCAAGUUCGUUCUCGAUGUGCUUAUCUAUUUAGUCGCUUUAUCAAAUGUAACAAGUCUGCAUUCGUUCCCCACACCGAACAAAUUUUGCAACAACUUGAAAGUCUUCUUCCAAUUGACCCUACUCCUGAAAUUGCUGGUUCCUCCUCUGUUAAUGGCUUCAGAAGCUCUUCGAAUAUCCUUAAUGAAAACGCUCCUCGACGUCUUUUCUCAGUGGCCGAACAGAGCUUCCUCUAUGAGGCCUGCGCAAAUUUGAUAGUAGCUCGGGCAGCCACGAAUGAUGGAGGUGGUGUUCCUGAAUCUGCCAGGCUCUUUGCCUUUCUCCUUCAACCCGCUCUCGUCCAGUUUCCUGAAAUGGUGCGGCAGCUAGCUGCAGAGAAGAAUCCAGAAAUCGCUGAAGCUCGAGGAUCGAUGAUCAAACAGUCUACCGAUCUAAUAACGCGGACGACACGUGUAUUGCCAUCAUCGGCCAAUCCCGAACCCCAUUACGUCCAGAUCCUCAUGGAAGUCCUUAGCGUUUUGGUGACCAAUCUCGCUCUCUUACCACCACUUCCAGGUGCUCCUGGCCGAGGAUUUGUUUGUGCCGGGGUUCGAGCUUACAUCCAUCGUUUAGUUGGCUACAUUGGACCUGAUUGCGAUGUCCUUAUUAAGCCAUCUGGUGGUGGACUUAAUGGUGACACCAGUGUUGGUCAUUCUGCUUCAGACCUCCUCCUACGAGCUAUUGUUACAGCUACUCCCUAUUUAGUGGCCAUUGCCAUUCCCAAUGACCCUACUGUAACCCUAGAAGACCAAGAUAUUCGAUGGAAGGAACUGAAAGAACACAUCCCUCUAUUCAGUCAACUGGUGCUUCGAUAUAAAAAUCGCUGCCUUCAAGCCCUUUCUGAAUGUCUUCCACCUCUAAUUGCGGGUACAAUGAGCGCACUGGCUGAACCCCUUGAUCCCUCCCAAAUGGUCGCAGUGAGAGAACGCAUUGAUUUACGACAAAGUCUUCUCCAACUCCUCCAGACUGUUGGUCAGGUCCUGUCCCAGGAUAUUCUUGUGGCACUGGGUCCGGAUGCUGGUAAUAUUCUCAUUAAUUUAGCAGGUCUUACCGGUGACUGUUUGCAGUCAUCAGAUGCGGUAGGAAUGAAGUUUGGUUUCACCUUCUUUCUCACCUGUAUUCAACGGUUUGCUAGUACUGAGGACGCCUUCUAUGAGGGGUUCUUGUUACCACAUCUCCUACCUCUGGCAUUCCUCUCUCCUGCUCGACAGGAAUUUAUCCUUACAGAUGCACAGUUCUCUCAAACAUUGAAUGAGGCUGCUAGUUGUAUCUAUGCGAUCAAUACGGCAAGAGGUGAAAUCUUUCAACAGUUUCUUCGACGCACCUUCUUGCCUCAGCAGAAUCUUGCGCAGAAUAUGAUUGAGCUGUUCAUAGAAAAACUGAGCACUCUAAGCCUUAAGGAUUUUCAAGUUUUUGUUCAGAACUUCUAUUCAUCAUUCCGAUGA